AUAAUUUGAUUAGCUUACCAUUUACCAAGUAUAAAACCUACAUUUUCUAAUGCAUUUCAUUUCUUAAAAGUUGAUUAGUCAAUUAAUUAAGCUUUAGAAUUCGACCAUACUCUUUGCUUCGAAUCCCAAAGAGCCUCGCCUCCCAUGCACCUUACCUAUUUUUCCCGUUUCUUUGGUCAACCCCUCCAUUUAUUUCCUUUAUAAACCCCAAAUCCCUCCCAUUUCCCUUCACCAAAUAUCUCCGAACUUGUCCCUAUUUCCUUCACAAAAACAAGGAGGAGAACCCAUCAAAAAACUCUCUUAAAGAACCCAAGACCCAAACACACACAGACACAAAAAGAAAAAAACAAGAUGGAAGCUGCCAAAAUUUUCGUCACUAUAGCUCUAACAUAUGCUGUAACAAUUGCUUUAGCGAUGAAAACCAUCGGUGCCGUUGCCGAAGAUAACUCUCUGAUUCCAUCAACGACUUUCAGAGACGCUGGACCACCCGUACUACCAAUGGGGAGUCCCAAAAGGGUAAGUCGUUUCCUUCAGCAAGGAUAUAGAAACCCUAGAGCUGCCGACCAUUGCCACAAAGAUGAAGAGGUUUGUUACGUCCUAGAAGGAGCCACCUCCACUUGCUGCAACAACAAAUGUGUCUUUUUGGCGACGGACGACCACAACUGCGGUGCAUGCAAGAGGAAGUGCAAGUUCACCCAGGUUUGCUGCCGGGGAGAGUGCGUCGACGUUGCUUUCGACAAAAGACAUUGCGGAGCUUGUAACCACCGGUGUAACCGCGGCGAGUAUUGCGUUUAUGGCAUGUGUAACUAUGCAUGAUUUUAAGACUUCUUUGUGAGGGUUGGGAUUUAUUCAUAUACACAAUAAAAAAUAAGCCACAUUUAAAGUGGUUCUUAACUAUUAUAAUAUUUAUGAUAUGAAAUUAAUUACUAAUCUUAUUAAAAUGUAAUGGUAUACAGAAAAAAAAAGUUUAAGCAAAAA